UAUACUAAACCCUUCUGUGCGCCAAGCAAGUCAGCACUAGUGCUAAAACUCCCCUCCACGGCUCCAACCCAACCUUAAACCCCACGAGCUGUGGAGCAUUUUCUUUCAUGGCAUCAACGAUCUUCAGAAUCUGGAACAGGUCCCAAAACCCAAUAACCAACGCAAGUUUAUUAGUAAGGUCUCGCAGCACGGGAAGGCAUGCUGAUAGCAGCAGGAGAAACCUCUUCUUAAGAAUUAGUCCCAUGGGGGACCCUUCUCUCAGUGUAGGCCCAGUUCUCGAUCAGUGGGUGGAAGAAGGCAACAAAGUCAAGAACCCCCAGCUCCAGCAUAUCGUCCGCGAACUCCGAGCUCGCAGGCGGUACAAACAAGCUCUCGAGGUUUCCGAGUGGGUUAGUCGCAAGAAACUUUGGCCAUUCUCAACAGGUGAUCAUGCUGUGCAGUUAGAUCUGAUCGGUAGAGUUCGUGGGCUGGAUUCUGCAGAGAGCUACUUUAAUAACUUGAGUGAUCAAGACAAAAUUGACAAAACUUAUGGUGCUCUUCUAAAUUGUUAUGUCAGAGAAGGCCUCGUUGAUAAGUCCCUCUCCCACAUGCAGAAUAUGAAAGAGAUGGGUUUUGCUUCCACUCCUCUCAACUACAAUAACAUCAUGUGCCUAUAUACAAACACUGGCCAGCUUGAGAAAGUCCCUGAUGUGUUAUCAGAAAUGAAGAAGAAUGGCGUCUCCCCUGACAAUUUUAGCUAUAGACUUUGCAUCAAUUCACAUGGUGCAAGAUCUGAUCUUAACAGCAUGGAGAAAGUUCUAGAAGAAAUGGAGAGCCUACCCCACAUCUCAGCGGACUGGGCUACUUAUGCAAUGGUGGCCAAUUACUACAUUAAAGCAGGUAUCCAUGAGAAAGCAUUGAUCUACCUGAAGAAAUGUGAAGAAAAGGUAAAUAAAGAUGCACUUGGCUACAAUAAUCUGAUUUCCUUUUAUGCGAGUCUUGGAAAUAAAGAUGAGAUGAUGAGAUUGUGGGGCCUUGAAAAAUCAACGUGUAAGACGCAAAGCAACAGGGAUUAUAUUACCAUGCUGGGUUCUCUAGUGAAGAUUGGGGAGCUUGAAGAAACUGAAAAAUUGCUUAAAGAGUGGGAGUCGUCUUGCUACUGUUAUGAUUUCCGUGUGCCAAAUGUCCUCCUUAUUGGUUAUUCCCAGAAGGGAUUAAUUGAGAAAGCUGAAGCUUUUCUUCAGGGCAUAGUCAAGAAAGGGAAGACUCCAACUCCAAAUAGUUGGGCUAUUCUUGCAGCAGGCUAUCUGGAUAAGCAAAACAUGGAGAAGGCUUUUGAGUGCAUGAAGGAAGCUCUGGCUGUACAGGCAGAAAAUAAAGGGUGGAGGCCUAAGGAUAGAGUGAUUUCAAGCAUACUGAGUUGGCUCAGUGAAAGUGGAGACAUUGAAGAUGUAGAAGCUUUUCUGUGCCCCUUGAAGACUGUUGUUACAAUGGAUAGGGAAAUGUACCAUGCCUUGAUCAAGGCUUAUCUCAGAGGUGGGAAAGAAGUGGAUGGCCUUUUAGAGAGGAUGAAAGUUGAUAACAUAGAUGAAAAUGAGGAAACAGAGAAGUUGCUAAGCUCAAGAUAGCGAAAACCUGAAAUUCCACACGGCUUUUGAUGGAUACGCCAUAUUAAUCUGCAAUUCUAAGAUUCUGUGAGCAUGUGGAACUAGUAGUCUAUCUGAUAGGUGAAGGUCACUCGUAAAUUAAGCUUUUGAAGUGCUACACUGAUAUUAAAUGGCAAUGUUUCCACACACUUCAACAACUUUAUUGUUAUCAGUAUUGUUUGCCCUCUGCUCCCUACCAGUUUAUGAUAGAUGCUUAUUAACAACA